CCCGCGUGAACAAACCAGUUAUAUUGUAUUCCCUCAUUUAAUUCUCACUGAAAUUCACACUCUCGAUUUCCUCUGCAAAAUCCCAUUCCUUUAUUGAUAAUCUACUGAUUUUUUAAGUCUAAUCACCAAGAUUUACACUCAGUGGCGAAUGCAAAAGGUUUUAAGAGUUAGGGUUUUUCUUUAUCUGUGAUGAGUAAGCUCUGAAUCGUUAUCUUUUAACAAAGGACUACUUUACUAUUUCGAGGUGCAAGAGUUUGAAUUGAGAAAAUAGUUGCAAGAAAUAUGGGAUCGCUUGGAUUUGAAAGGGAUAAGAAAGACCUGAUUAUCACUCAGGUAAGCCUUGGCGGUUUUGACCAGGAUGUCACAGCUAAAGAGCUUGCGAAGUUUAUAGAAAAGGAAAUCGGAAUAACUUGGAGGUGUAGACUGAAGAAAUCAUGGACACCGCCAGAGUCAUUACUGAACUUCGAUAUCACCAACACCAGGGAUCUCAAGUUAAAUGAUGACUUUGAGAAGGUGGAACCCCAUGCGUUUGUGCAUUUUGCAUCUCCUGAUUCUGCAACCAGCAUCUUUGAUAGAGCUGGGAGAAAUCAGCUUGAGUUAAACGGGAAAAUACUGAUGGUGAAUCUGGGACCUGAAAGUUCGUUUCUCAUGAAUACCAGGCGGAUGGAGAUAGAUCCUUUUACAUUCCGCGGAGUUGGUGUCGAGAUUGGUACUCGAGUUAGUCGAGAUGAGUUCUUAAUUGGUUGGAAGGGCCCUCCUAAAGGUGCUGAUUUUUUUAUCGAUCCAUUUGAUGGCUCUUGCAAAAUCAAUUUUACCAAGGAGACUGCUUUCUCAUUUAAAGGCACAUCGCUGCAUGCCGUACUAAAAUGUGAUUUCAAGACAGAGUUCUUCGUGAGAGAUAUAAAUGAGGUAAGGAGUUAUAUGGACCAGUUGUCAUGGGUAAUGGAGUUACAGAUUGUAUCAUCUCCAUUGCUCUACUAUCGAACUGCUGAUGAUGACAUCCAUGCCACAGUUCCAUUUGAUUUGUUGGAUGAUGAGGACCCCUGGAUCAGGACCACUGAUUUUACAUCUGCUAAGGUGAUUGGUAGGUGCAAUUCUUAUAGGAUUUUCGUGCCGCCUCGCCAGGGUAAAAAGUUGAAAGAAGCCAUAGAAUAUCUUAAGAAAUGGAGAAUAAUUCCGUAUGAUUGCCCUGCACCCAAGUUCCGUGAAGAACCUGAUUUUGGGAGUCCUAUGCCAGAUCCUUUCUUCUGCUUUCAUCCCAAGGAAAAGAUAAGCUUUGAGUUACUGUUCUUGGUGAAUGCAGCAAUCCACAAGGGUAUUUUCAGUCAUUUCCAGCUGUCUGACAGAUUCUUUGAGUUACUUAGAAGCCACGAUAGGGAGGUGAACGUUGCAGCACUUACGUACAUCUAUUCUGGUAAGACACCGGUAUUUGACCCUGCAGAGAGACUGCGAACAGUCCAAAUCCGGCUUCUAAAGAACCCUAAAAUGAUAAAGAGCUUUAAGGGUCUUGGUGAUAGUGCUGAAGUGAGGAGAUUGAUAAUUACACCAACAAAAGCAUACUGUCUUCCUCCAGAGGUAGAGCUUUCCAAUAGGAUUCUCAGAAAAUAUAGAGAAUUUGCAGACAGGUUCUUAAGAGUUACGUUCAUGGAUGAAGGUUCACAGCAGCUCAAUUCCAACGUUCUCACAUAUUAUGUCGCUCCUAUUGUGAGGGAUAUGACGAAGAAUUCCUUUCCCCAGAAAACGUUGGUGUUUAACAGGGUGAAGACCAUUUUGAAAGAUGGGUUUUACUUAUGUGGCCGAAAGUAUUCUUUCCUCGCCUUUUCAUCUAAUCAAUUAAGAGACCGUUCUGCCUGGUUUUUUGCUGAAGGUGCGAAUAUCAAAGUAAGUGACAUUAAGAGCUGGAUGGGGAAAUUUACAGAUAAAAAUGUGGCGAAGUGUACAGCUCGUAUGGGGAUGUGCUUCUCAUCGACUUUUGCGACUGUUGAGGUUCCAUUUGAGCAGGUAAACGGAAAUCUUCCAGAUAUUGAGAGAAAUGGGUAUGUUUUCUCGGAUGGGAUUGGCAAGAUAACACCUGAUCUCGCGAAGGAAGUUGCAGAUAAAUUGCAAUUGACCUCCAACCCACCUUGUGCCUAUCAAAUUAGGUUUGCUGGAUGCAAAGGGGUUGUUGCUUGUUGGCCGGAAAAAACUGACGAAUUUCGCCUCUCUAUUAGACCAAGUAUGAUCAAAUUUCAAUCUAAGCACACAGUCCUCGAAAUUGUGUCAUGGACCAGGUUUCAACCAGGGUUUCUUAACCGACAGAUAAUUAUCCUCCUUUCAGCCUUGGGUGUUCCGGAUAGUGUUUUCUCGCUAAUGCAAGCGACCAUGGUUCACAAACUAUGUCAUAUACUUGAGAACACUGAUAUUGCCUUUGAUGUUCUUACAUCGUCCUGUGCCGAGCAAGGAAAUACUGCAGCAAUGAUGUUAGGUGCUGGUUUUAAGCCUCAAACAGAGCCUCAUUUGAGAGGGAUGCUCACUGCGAUAAGAGCCGGCCAGUUUAGGGAUCUGUUGGAAAAAACUAGGAUAUUUGUUCCUCAAGGAAGGUGGUUAAUGGGGUGCUUUGAUGAAUUAGGAGUCCUUGAGCAGGGCCAGUGCUUCAUCCAGUCGUCAAUACCUUCACUGGAAAAUUGUUUUUCAGAUCAAGGUCCUGGGUUUUCUGGCACCAAGAUGGAUCUGCAAGUAAUCAAAGGCACAGUGGUGGUAGCUAAGAAUCCUUGCCUUCAUCCAGGGGACAUUAGAAUUCUAGAAGCUGUUGAUAACCCAGGCUUGCACCAUCUUGUUGAUUGUCUGGUUUUCCCUCAGAAGGGUGACAGGCCACAUGCAAAUGAGGCAUCAGGAAGUGACCUGGAUGGUGAUCUUUAUUUUGUGACUUGGGAUGAAAAUCUUAUACCUCCAAGCAAGAGGAGCUGGAUACCGAUGGAUUAUUCCCCUGGUGAAACCCAAAAACUGCAGCGUGCUAUCAAUCAGUCGGAUAUUGUAGACUUCUUCGUUAAAAACAUGGUGAAUGAAAAGCUUGGAACCAUUUGCAAUUCUCAUGUUGUACAUGCUGAUCUGAGCGAUUAUGGAGCCAUGGAUGAGAAGUGCAUUAAAUUGGCCGAACUUGCAGCCACAGCUGUUGACUUUCCAAAAACUGGGAAAGUCGUGGCCAUGCCCCAAGAGCUUAAACCAAAGAUGUAUCCAGAUUUUAUGGGGAAGGAAGAUUUCAUCUCAUACAAGUCUAAGAAGGUUUUGGGUGAACUUUACCGCAGGAUUAAAGAUUCACCCGACUUGGUUGUAGGUGAUUCUGACAAAGAUACAUUGGCAGUGUUUCAAGUGGACGACAUACCCUAUGACACAGAUCUUGAGGUUCCGGGUUCUGCAGAUUUCAUCAGGGAAGCAUGGGACCGCAAGUGUCUGUAUGAUGGGCAGUUAAAUGCUCUCUUAGAGCAAUUUAAUGUGAAGUCUGAGGAAGAGGUGGUUACUGGGCAUGUUUGGUCUAUGCCAAAAUACAACAACAGGAAGCUAAGUGAGCUCAAGGAAAAGUUAAAGCUUGCAUACAAUUCCGUAAGGAGGGAAUUUAAACGUGUUUUCGAUAACUUGGGGGAGGAUUCUCAGAAUCUCACAGAAGCUGAGAAGAAUACUAUUUAUGAACAGAAGGCUUCUGCUUGGUACCAAGUUACAUAUCAUCCUCGAUGGGUAAAGAAGUCGGUUGAACUGAGAAACUCAGAUGAUAAAGUGGCAACUCCUAUGCUCAGUUUUGCCUGGGUUCCUGCAGAAUAUUUGGUAAGAAUCAAGAUUAGGCGCAGGGAUGUCAAACAUCUUGAUAUGGAGAAGCCGAUUAAUUCUCUUGCAGGUUACUUGGCUGAUAAAAUAUGAGUUAAACCAGGCAUUCUUCACUGGUAGCAAGACCCCUCUGCCAUUUUCUCUUCUGAUAGAUAUUAGUAUUUCAAACUUUGAAGGGCAUGAACAAAAAAUAGAAGUUGUUCCUUUUUAUGCAUUAUUUAAAAUGUAGCUAGCUAAAACUUUGAUUAAGAGUAAAUAAAAAGAACACGAAACUUAAAAAUUGGUAUGAAGAAAUAACAUUCAAAUUAAGAAGUUAUGUGGA